AUGAAUUCGCCCCCUCUGCUUACAAAGACUUAGCCACUUAGCAACUCUACUAGAACAAGCCUUAAACCCAUACGUCUUUGGUGUCCACUCUUAAGUCCAGGUUUGUUUUCUGAAGAGCGUUUGUGGUCUGAGAAGAAGAGGCCAAAAGAGGUUUUUUUGUGCGGGAGCGAUGAGGUGUCCUUAUCAAAUUUUGUCUGUGGAUAGGCAAGUUCAUUCUGAAGAUUUAAAAAAGGCUUACAGAAGUUUACUAUUAAAGUUUCAUCCUGAUAAAAGAAUUGAUGUUGACAAAGAAGAAGCUACUAAACACUUUUUAGAGAUACAAAAAGCUUAUGAGUUACUCAGCGAUCCACAGGAAAGAGCUUGGUUCGAUUCUCAUAGGGAAGAAAUUCUAGGGAAUGGUCCACAAGGAAAGAACACAGUAGACAUUUUUCGUUACUACUCUUCCUUUUGUUAUGAGGGAUAUGAUGACGGCCCGAGUAGCUUUUAUUCUGUUUAUGGCAAUCUAUUUUAUACAAUAGCUCAGGAAGAUAAGUUUUUUAAAUCCAGCGUUAACUAUCCCAGUUUUGGGGAUUCAUCGAGUAAUCCGGAAUUCUGUGCAACGUUUUAUAAUUUUUGGACUAGAUAUUCGACCACUAGAUCUUUUUCCCACUUGGACAAGUAUGAUCUGAGGCAGGCACCAAACCGCACAGUUCGUAGAUUUAUGGAAAAGGAAAACUCCAAGCUUCGUGCGGCUACUAAAAAGGAGUACAACGAAGCUGUUAGGAGUUUAGUGCUGUUUGUAAAGAGACGUGACCGGCGACUGAGCGAACCAACGAGACGCUCCAAUCAGCAAAAUAAGAAAUCCGUUUCGAGUGUCCACAAAAUACCUAAGAAAACUUUUGACCAACCCGAAGGCUCCUGGCUUCCCCAUUUAUGGGUACUAGAUGAUCCGGAGCCGUUUUCUUCUGAUGAAGCUGAAAAAGUUACGGAUUCCUUUUUCUGUGUGGUUUGCGAUAAACUUUUUAGCUCGUCAAAGACUUUUACGCAGCAUACGCGCUCUAAAGCACACUCUAAAAGGCAUGCUCAACUCCGCCAGGAUUUAUUGUCGGACGAGAGGUUAUGCCAAAGCGAACAGAAGAUUCCAGCGCUACUAAGAGAAGAAAAUAAGAUGAAGGAAGUCGAAUUUAUUAAGAGAAAAUCUAAAAAGAAAAGUUUACCAGAAGCAGAAAAUUAUGGCGUUGAAAGUGAACUAGAGCAUUAUUUGACUCUUAGCGACAGCUAUGUAGCAAAAAUUAGUAAAAAAAGGCAAAAGCCUCAUCUAAUAGGUUCUGUGGAACUUGUCUCAGAAGAGAAUGGGAACAGAAAGGACAUAACUAAAGAUUUCCGUUCGGAAAGCAAAGAGGAGGCUAAAGAAGUGAAUAAAGCUGACUACAAAGUUAUUAUAUGUAACACUUGCGGAUCAACUUUUGAAUCCAGAAAUAAACUUUUUCAUCAUUUGAAAAACGAGAAUCACACGUUUAAGGUGGAGUCGAAGCCUAAUAAAAAGAAGUAGAAGUCAAGCACUCCGAUUUUUUUAAAAUAAUUAGUUAAAAAUAUUAACUAUUGUGUAUUUGAAAGUAUUAUUAAA